AUGAAAGAUCACCAAUAUCAAAAAGCAUGUCAAGUAUACUCUAAAAGUCGUUUCAUCUGUUGUCUUCUAUUAGGAUUUAUAACUGGUUUAUUUCUACUCUGUAUUUAUGAUGUACUUGAAGAGAUUGAAUUGUAUAAGCAUCAAAAUUAUAAUUCUGCAAAGAAUACUCAUAAUAAUAAUAAUUAUAAGGAUAAAAAUUAUUUAUCUGAUAUAUUAACAGAAUAUAUUAUGAAUAAUAUUAUUAAUGAAAAGCGUAAUCUGGUUGACAAUAAGAAAUACAAUCAGUUUACAUCAAUUUUACACGACAGUAAUAAUAAUAAUAAAAAGAACAAUAAUCUUGUUAAUCAAUUGUUAAGAUCAACAGUCAAGCAGCAUACAACAAUUAUGCCUACUGUUCCUAUUGUCAUUAAUUCUACACUAAAAGUUCAUAUCAAUACAAGUUAUUCUUCUAAAUUGCGUAAGAAAAUAAAAAUAUUAUGUUAUAUUAAUACACAUCCAGAAAAUUAUUAUAAAAAAGCAAUUCAUAUACAUAAUACAUGGGCUAAAAGGUGCACUAAACACUUGUUUAUGAGUACAAAGUACGAUCCAAUUCUCCCUGUUGCUGUUUUAAAAUUACCCUAUCCUGAGGUUCGAAUGCAUUUAUGGAGUAAAAUGCGUAUUAUCCUUCGAUAUAUCUACCAAUAUCGUAAUGAUUAUGAUUAUUUCUUGAAGACAGAUGAUGACACGUAUGUGAUUGUAGAGAAUUUAUUAGAUGUCUUACAAAAUUAUUCACCUGAUAUGCCUUUUAUGCUAGGGCAUAGAUUUCCUGUUAAUGCUCGAAACGGUUAUUUUUCCGGUGGUGCAGGUUAUGUUCUGUCAAGAGAGGCGUUGAAAUAUUUAGUUGAAAGGUCUAUUGAUAAACAUCCUUAUUGUCCAGUUUAUGAUGAGAAUAUGGAAGAUGUAAAAAUGAGUAUAUGUGGACAAGCUGUCGGUGUUCGUCUAUAUGAUGUUUUUGAUAUACUUGGUCGGUAUCGAUUUCGUUGGAGAUCACCUGAUAUUCUGUUAAACAGUUCUUCUUAUAAAAUGUUAAAAUGGCGUCCAGUUAAACUGAAGCAGGAUGCUUUAUAUGCAGCACCUCAUCAGUCAUUACUCAGUGAUAUUGGCAUUACAUUUCACUAUGUCCAGCCUGAAAUGAUGUAUACACUGGAAUACUUUCUGUAUCAUUUACGUCCAUUAGGAUUGGUGAAUGAUUUUCUCCAAUUACCAGAAUAUAUCUGCAAUCAAAAAUAA